UGGCACUGUUGCAAUUGACAUAUUUGACAUCUUUGUUUUCUGAAUGUUUUCAUAACAAAUACGAAAACGAAGGGUUGCUAUCAACACAGAUUUAGUGAUUAUCAAAGGCGAUGAAGUUGUAAAAUAACUCCAUCAUGAACAACAGGAAAAGGCAACGCCUGGAAACAGUAGCUGGUCCUAAUUGCAGUGCUGAUUUAAUUGCAACAAAAUGUGAUGAACAAAAUAUGUUUCUAACUUCCAACAAUAUCGAAAAUAACGAUGCAAUGAGUGGCGAUGUGUAUUUUACCAUUUGCGAUGAAAAUUCUAAUAGCUCACAGAAAUAUUAUACAAUAACAGAGACAGAUUUGGCACAAAUUAAACAAGAAAAAGAUAUGUCAUUAGAAACUCUACCACUUCCUUAUCGUGUGAUAAAUGAAACAUCAAGAAAUUUACUUAAUAGCAGUACAGCAGUAACCAACAAGAGUCCACAAACUGGUUUGGCUACAGCAGUACAACUUCCCAGUGGUUGUGAAAUUUAUUUAGUUAAAGAAUAUGUCGAAUCUAAUUCACCAGAACAUGACGAAGCAAACAAAAUUACCAGUAACGUGAACAAUAAAAUAAAUGUUUCACUAAAUUCCAACAAUUGCUUUGAAACGAAAUCUAAUUUAAAUGUCAACAAUUUAACUAACGCAGUUAGUACUUUAACAGGCACUAAGGCAACUGCUGGUACGGUUGCAGUUAGCGCCACCGCUGAUUUGGAUACUAAACGUAAACAUAUUUUGUUAGAAACUUAUAAGAAGCGUGAUGACAAACGCCGUGCAACACACAAUGAAGUUGAACGGCGCAGGCGUGAUAAAAUUAAUAAUUGGAUAUUUAGGCUUAAAGAAAUGUUGCCUACAGAAAUACCAAGAAAUAUUUCAGGAAGUAAAUCAAAAACAUUGUCAACUUUGGAUAUACAUAGCAGUGAUGAAUGUUCUUUAGUAAAAGUAGAUAAAGAACAACUUGCAGCGAAUAAAAUGAGUAAUAUUAGUAACUCCAAUAAUACAACGACAAACGGUCGUUCCCCACCAAGUGACUCUAAAUCUCAAAUACUUAUAAAGGCUUGUGAAUAUAUUAAGGUUUUGCAAGAAGAAGUAAUAAGCUUGCGGGAGUGCCUUACGGAAAAUGAAGAACUACGUAGAAGCAAUCAACAAUUGCAAAACGAAUUAAAUAAAUUAAAAAAUGAACAGGGAAAUAAUAUAACUAACAACAAUCUUAAUAACACAAGUAAUAUAUAUAACAAUUUAUUUGGGGCUUCUACAAACUCAACGCAUAUUAAGUCAGUACCUGGUGGUGCAAUAUUAUUAGGCAAUGGUAAUAAUAGUAGUGGCGGAAACAUAUCGACUACCUCAGCUUAUACUAAACGUGAAUUAAUUAUAACAGAUUAUGUGGAUUAAGACUUCUUGAAAAUUAUACAAAAUGCGGGUGCAUGAGUAGCGUCUUCUAACCUGUCUGUCUGUCUUAUACUCUAUACCAUUGUUGCUGAAUAUUACUGUUUUAAGUCAUGACAACUGAGAUUAUGAUGGAUUGUUACUAAUUAGUCUUUUUAUCUCUGCUUGAAUAAUUUUAGCAAAAUAAUUAAUAUAAUAACUUGUUACUGAUUUCUAAGUAUCCUCUAUAUAAAAACCGAUUUUAUCUUUAGUGCAAUAUUUAUCUAUAAACAAUUUAAUAUUAUAAACAUUAAAGAAUUUACUAUUUGUUAGUUUGCAUGUUAAAGAAU